CGCCUGGGUAUUGCCAACAAAAAUGUGGUGAAAAGCAGCUUCAUAGAACAGUACAUUUAAGACCCAAAAACGCGCACAUGCCUUUCCCAAGGUUUGGGUUUACAUUUACACAGGAACAUGGACAGACAUUGACCACUUUAACCUCCUCUCUAAUGUCAUCUACGUUAAAAUCCACCUUUACACGGCCUAUCCAAUAUACUCCCUGAUCAUAAGACCAUCGUGGUUAAUAUUAAGAAUGUUUAAUUUCCUCUAAAGUUCUUAAUUUGAACUAUUCUGCAUCUCAUUUACUAUGUUACAAUGUCUUUUGGUGGAUCUGUAAUUCGAGGCAGUUGGAGUAGGAGACAUACUAACUUUAAAAAACAGGCUCACUGGUUAGUACUACUACUCCGAGUCAGAUAAAUACUGCCUUGUAGAUUUCUACACUGAUCUUUAUAAUGGGGAAAAACAGAUACGUUAUUUGGCAUUCUGGAAGAGACUGCCAGACAGCUACACUCUUGCAGUUGCAGUCUCCCAAAAACUGAGAGACCACAGCUCUCCUAUGUAAACACUCACAAUAGAGGAAGUAAUCUAAGUUACCUUCAUAUUGAGUAGAAAUUUAAACCGUCACGAACCCCAGACCUGGAUGGUUUCUCAGGCAAAUAUUACAAGACUUUCCAGAAGGAACUUAUCUUUUAUACGAUAACAUAAUUUCAUGGAUUACUUUCAGAAAAAUAAAUGCUCAUAUCCCAGAUUGCAGUGACCCAUAAGCAAGGGAAAAAUCCCAAACUGUGCUACCACUAGCUUCCACUCUAUCAGUGGUGGAUUAAUGAGAGCUGUCUCCUUCCAGUAACAUGGGAUAAUAGCUUUCUGUAUCUCUAAGCCGAAUCUUACUCCCACCGCCAUCACACACACACACAAUGGGUAAACACUUGGAAGCUAAUAAACAGGAGGCUACACAUUGACUUAUAAUUAAAGUCAAGAACUCUUUAUUAGUUGCUGGUACAGCUUCACAGUGUUAUUUGCCAUGCAAAUCUUCCCAUCAGAUUAUAUCUAAAACAGAGUCCCAAGGGAUCGGCCCUACAGGUUUCCUACCUUCCCUGUAACCUUUAACAGACUUUGAGCACUGGGGCUUGCCUUGAGUGGAGAUACUAGGCUCAAUCUCCUAGGUCCUUCUCUUUCUUAGGUCCCUACUUGGACGAGAUACCACCAGGACUCCUAUCCUAUUCUCUCUCCUUGUUGGAGCUUAUAAAGCACAACCUCUAGUUCAUUCUAUUGUAACUUGAUGCCAAAACGGUAUUUGAGAUCAGAAGUUGCACCAGAAAAAAGGUGUCUCUUGUCACCCUUACUUUUUGUUCUCUGCAUAGAUGAUACAUAUCAUACAUUAAGCCUAUUUGCAGAUGAUAUUCUUUUAACUUUGGUAAAUCCCCAAGUGUUCCUUCCUAAUCUGUACAAAUCUCUAUAUUACUUUGGGCAAUAGUCAAGUUAUAAAAUUGAUGUAACCAAAAUGUGAAGCAAUGAGCCUAAAUAUAUCUUGCCAAAGGGCUCUUUAAGUUGAAAUCAGUAGGAAAAUAUUGUUACAAUCUAAAUAUAACGGUGGCCUGGAAUACAAAACGCAUAAUGGAUAAAAAAAUGUUUUAUGUCUUGGUUGAUUUAAAAAUAUCUAUGCAUCAAUAUCUAUUAACCAUAAAAGCAGCAAGUUAAGGUAUUAAGAAUGGUCUCACUAAAUCAUGGCCACUGCACUCUGCUGAUGCUUUUGUCGAUUACAGGAAUAUGUUUAAGGCGAAACACAAAGUCCUUAUCUCCUUUUUAAUAACUAGUACAUCAUAUCAUUAUGAUGUACUAGUUAUUAAAAAAGGAAAAUCUUUCUGUGGAAUGCACUACACCAGAAUGUGCCGAGGAUCCAUUAGAAGCGUACUUUUCAAGGUUAAGACUACGGUUAUAUCUAAGUUAAUCCUAUGUAAUCAGCUAUUUCUAGAUGAGUAGGCACCACUCUAGCUUCCUUUUCCAGAAAGCAGCUCACACAUACACUAUGCAAUGUACACAUUGCUUGAUUUAUUACUGACUGCAUGAAACCAUGUGUUUGUUUCUUUAUCUUUAUAUUGCCACACUAAUUGCUGGAAAACUGGAAGCAUUUUGUCCAUCACAAUGUACCUGCAUUUUCCAUGGCAGAAGUGAUGGAACUGGAUCAAGGUCUGUUCUGUGUAAUGAUCCUGAUAUGUUUGACAUGCCUGUCAAUGUUCCUGUGGACACCGUGAAGCUCCGCAUUGAAAAGACAGUCAUUCGUAAAAUUCCCACAGAAGCCUUCUAUUACCUGGUGGAUUUAAAAUACCUUUGGGUUACCUACAAUAGCAUAUCUAGCAUCGACUCUAGCAGUUUUUAUAAUCUGAAGCAACUACAUGAAUUACGUUUAGAUGGGAAUGCAAUAUCGGUUUUCCCAUGGGAAUCUUUAGCAGAGAAGCCAAGUCUACGAACCUUGGACCUUCAUAACAACAAGAUAGCAAGUAUUCCAGCAGAAGCUGCCCAGUACCUGAGGAAUAUUACCUAUUUGGAUCUAUCCAGCAACAGACUGACUACUCUCCCUCCAGACUUAUUGGAUAUAUGGUCUCCAUUGUCUGAGAAAUCACAGAUAAGUAGAGAUAUAAGCACAGAUUUAUUAACACAGAGAGUUAUACUGGGGCUACAAGAUAAUUCAUGGUUCUGUGACUGUCGUAUUUCAAAGCUAAUUGAACUCUCGAAAACAACAGACCCACACAUCAUUUUUCUGGACCCUUUAGUUGUCUGCAGUGGCCCUGAUUCUUUAGCUGGCUUUUUAUUCCAGAGAGUUGAGUUAGAACAGGACAUAUGUCUCAAACCCUCAGUGAUGACUUCAGCCACGAAAAUUACAUCUCCACUGGGUAGUAAUGUGCUACUACGAUGUGAUGCCUCAGGAUACCCCACUCCACAGUUAGUCUGGAGCAGAACAAACAAUUCAGCAGCAAAUUAUACAGUUGUUCAGGAGACUCCAACAUAUGGUGUGAGGUGGUCCAUUCUAAGUAUGAAUGGUAUUUCUUACAAAGAUGCGGGCGAAUACCGAUGCAAGGCAAAAAAUUUUGCAGGAGUAGCAGAAGCGUCAAUAACCGUCAUAGUAGUUGGUUUUGUCACAACAACAGCUUCCUCUCAUCACUUUGAUCGGCGACUGGGGGCCGAGUCAAUGAAUGGCAUUCAAACAGACGCCAAGGAAGAAUUGAGCAAAAUAAGUAUAACCAGGCUUCCUCUUCAGUUAUCAACAGUGCCUAUUCUACAAACAGAAACGCCAACAGUUCCUCCAAGUAUAGUGCUUACCACCUCAGAAGUUCCAAAGAUAAAAUUGCCAAAGCCAGUCUCUGCUACAAAGAAAAACCCUGCAAACAGACUUACUUCAGAGCAAAAUGCCAUGGUGGGGAAUCUAAAAGUGAUCAGUGAAUCUGAAGACCGAGUGACUUUGACUUGGAAGACUUUCAAUACCACAAACUGCUCCAACUUGGCAGUGUUGUACUCAAAAUACGGAGAGGAAGAAAUGCUCAAGUUGAGUACAGAUCCUAGUAAAAAUAAAGUAACAAUUGAUGGUUUGGAGCCUAACACAAAAUAUAUGGCCUGUGUAUGUCCCAAAGUAUCUCAACCCAAGAAAGACCAGUGUAUUGUAUUCUCUACUGAUUUCUCACUACCCAUCGAGAGCAGCUCUCAAGUACCUAUUCUAAUAAUUGCUAGUAGUGUGGUUUGUGUUAUUGUUCUACCUGUCAUUGUCUUCUUGUUUUACAAAGUUAUGCAAAGGAAACCAAAAUUUCCUGGGGAGGAGGACCAUUUAAAAGAGACUUAUGUGAAAUUUGAAACUUUAUCAUUAAGACAACGGCCAAUAAAUACUGCAGGAGAGCUAUGGACACGCAGGGAUACAACAGAAUCAGAAAGACUACUUCUGUGUUCCAGAUCAAGCAUGGACUCUCAGGCUACAUUGAAAAGUGAGGGUUCUAGGCCAGAAUAUUACUGCUAAUUUGUUUGUUUCCCUUUCUUUUUUUUUAUAUGCGAUUAUAUAAAAAUGCUUUUUUUUUGUUCAGCCAGUGUGUGAAUGUCAAAAAUGCAUCACUGUCAAAAGAAUCAGUGAAAGGAGGACCAAGCCAUUGCUUUCUGUUUAUGUUUUGUGCACAUUCUAAAUCUUUAUUUUGUGUAAUUCAAUAAAAAGGAAUAAACCUGA